CGCUUGACGCGUAACGAUUGGUGUAACGGUUAAAACGGCAAAACUAAGUAAAUUUUCAACAAAGUGUGUUUUUUAAUUUUUAUUGAAUGCAAAGAGAAAUUUUAAGAAAAUUUUAAAGAAAUUUAAGAGAAAUUUAAAAAAAAGUUAUAAAAUUGAGCAGCAACAAACGGCGUGUGUGUUUUGUUAAAGGAAGAAAGAAAAGAAAAUUAUAAGAAUUAAUUGUUGGUUUUAAAACAUCAUAUCUUCUAAAAAGUUUGUAACAAGUUGUGUAUUUAAAAAAAGUGCGUUUAUCUCUAUAAAAACCAAUACAUAUUAUUAAUUUAUUCCAUAAAGCGGAUUUGAUAUCAUGUGCUCGCCUUACAAUUCGAAAUCAUAAAACCAGUUGAUUGAUAAUUUUCAAACUAAUUUAAACGUUGAAAGAUUUUUCUUGUGUUUUUGCAAUAAUUUCCACUUUUUACGAUUUGUUUACAACUUUUUUACAAUAUUUCGUGUUGCAGUGAAAGUUUUUUUAAAACUCUACUGUUGCAUACAAAAAAAAAAGAAACAAGUUGUUGUUUUAAUCUUCUUUAUUAUAUUGACCAGUUUCGAUUGCAAUUUUUUUUUUAAGUUUUAUAACUUUUUUUUGUUUGUGUGGAAUUACGAUGCUGCUAGUGGAAAACAAGUGGCAAACAAACUGAUUGAUAUGUGGAUUAAUGGCGAAUAUAAGUGAAAGAGUGUGAAUAUCAUGUUAAAAACAUCAAAUAAUAAAUUGAUUUAAAAAUUAAAAAUUAUUUCCGCUUAAAGGAAGCCAUCAAAAAAUUUAACAAGAAAAAUAUUUUUGCCAACAAUUGUUUCCAGCAAAAUCGUGUUUGUUUGAAAAACAACAAUAUUUUCUAGUAAAAACAUACAACAUCAAAAACAUAACACAAUAAAAUGUUAAAAUUGUUAAAACUCACUUACAAACCCCUCAAAACCCAAUACAUUAUGCUUUCGUUUACCAUGAAAUCGCUGGUAAAAUUAUUUUUCAUAUGUUGGUUAAUGGUUGUUUCGAAAAAUGUUGCAGCAGUUGAUGCUGCUGCUCACGCCACUCUACAGCAACAACCACAAACACUUAAUUAUAAACAGCAAUUACAAUAUCAAAUGCAGCAACAUGAUAAAUUUGAAUAUCAACAGCAAAUAAAACAACAACAGCAAUACUAUCAGCAACAAUAUCAUCAACAGCAGGCGCCAACCUCUAUGGCUUUACUACAAGAGCAACAACAACAGCAGCAACAGUAUUUGCAGGACCAACAAAAACAGAGAUUACAAAAUCAGCAACAGCAACAACAAUUUUCAGCUGGUAAACCCUCACAGAUUUUGCAAACUGCCGCGUCUUUGGUAGUGGAUGAUGGGAUCCAUUCGGAGGCUUUAACUUUAGGACAACCUGAAUAUGCCAACGGUAAUGCUCAAAGAAGACGUGCUGGUAAUCGCAAACGCAAACGAAGACCUCAAUCAGCAUCAACGGCUGACGGCAUUGAAAGUCCUACAGCCUCUAAUGCACCCACAUAUUGGCGUGGUCAAGUCGAAGAUGACAAGGAAGACAAAACCUCUGCCACCAACAAACAAGACACCGAAGAACGCAUGCGUCCUUCUCUGCAGGCUUCUUUUAAAAGACGUAAACAACCCGCCAUAAGAGAACCCUUGGCAGCUUUAGAAGAGGAACAGAAACUAUAUGAAAUGCGCAACAAACCGGAAAGCUCUACUGAAGGCAACAAUGUCAGUCGUAACUCGGUCAAUUUAAAGAAUAUUUUAAAGAAUAGUGGAGGCUUAAGUCUGAGUGAGAUACUACAACAGAAAAAUCUUUCCCUGGAUGAUUUGCUCAAGGGUAAACAAAAUGCUUUGCAAGCUUUACAAACAACAGCCAGCUCACCGCAGGAGAAAGUAAAUCAUGCCAAAUAUCCCUCAUUUAAGGCCAACUAUAAGCAGAAUACGGGCAAUAAUAAACAAAGCGAAAGUAGUUCGGAGGAUAUCUAUAAUUCAAAGGAGAAAUCCAAGUUGACAGCUUUGCAUAGACUCAAAUUAUUUGGCAGUUCCUCAAGACCCUCGGGCAUACAUGUGGGUUUAGCUGAUCAUUUGACUACACGCAAGAGAGAAGGUGGCUUAUAUUCCUCAACCUCAACCAGUAGUACAACUACUACCACACCAAAACCUUCUACCACCAAAAUACCUUUAUACAAGAAGAUCUUACAUCAAAGACCCACUUUAAAGCCGACUUUUUUGUUAAAGAAUACCGCUAUAAUGGCCAGCAAUCAACCACAUAGAGUGGUCAACUCGUGGGAUAGUAAAGAGCAAAUGGAGGAAGAAACAGCUGAUAUGAAGGAGCAGGAAGAUGAAAUGCAGGAAGAUGAUUGGAAAGUUGUAGCACCUAGUAUGCAGAUAUUUAGCACUAAACUGCCUGAAUCUACAGAAGCUACUACCUGGAAAUGGGAAACAACUAUGGCUCCCACUACUACUACUACCAGUACGACCAGUAGCACUACCACAACUACAGCAAAACCCAUAACAGAGAAAGUCACCAAUCGAGAUAUGACCACGUCUACUAGAAGAAUGUAUACCAGCACCAGAGGUUCAGGAAGAACCACAUAUCGUUAUACAACAUCCACCACGACACCAGCUACGACAAGCACCACAUCCUCAACAACCACAACAACAACACCUUUACCCAUGACAACAACCAGCACAACCUCAACAACAACCGCCAGCAGCAGCACCAUGAAUUUAACACCUAAAGCUAAUCUUAAUCUCAACACUGAAGAUCUGCGAGAACGUAUACAAGAAACUUUGCUAAAAAAUCUCAUAGAAAAAGAUGAUACAUUUAAGAAAUUCUCUUCAGGCGAGGAAAACGAUCAUCAGGAAGACAAUGAUGAUGAAGAUGAUUUGGAAAAUUUCUUUGAGGAAACUAUUAAACCUAAAACAGCAAAAUAUUUUGAAACUUCCACCAUUACUACCAGAAUGAAACAGUAUACACCUUUCACAUACUCUCACACAACCAGUACAACUACACCAACAACAACAGCCUCCACAACAUCAACCGGUAAUCCCAACUUUAUACCCGAUUUUGAUAAUGUAGACGAUCGUACGGAUCUUUUAGAACUAAUAGAAGAUCGCCGUUCUGGCAAUAGAUUAUUUAAGGUUUUGGAACAACGUAAUAUGACUUUAGAGGAAUUGAUAGAACAUCGUAAACGUGGCUCUAGCCAAUUACAUUUGGCUACCAUCGUUGAGACACCCUCACGUUUUUAUCCUGACAAAAAGGUUGUCCUACAAGAUAACAUGGAUAUUGUUACGGCCUUUGAAAAUUUCCCACAUUUUAAUUUGCUUAACUUGAAAAGUGUUAAACCGGAUGAUAUAAAAACCGAUUCGCAGGGUUCUAGUUAUUUUACCUCCAUCAUUGAUAUAGAACCUACGGACGAGGUGUAUAAGAAACGCAUUGGUGGCCAGGGAAUAACAGGAGAGCUGGAUAAAGCUUCUCUACUGCCAGAUCGUUCAGAAAAGUCUUUAGGUUUCUUUCCCUCUUGGAAAACAUUAGCGUUAGCCUCUUUAGGCAACAGUAACAAUAAUAAUAAAGAUGCUGACAACAAACGUAACCCCAACAGAAACCCCUACUAUUUGCAGCAACCAAAAAUGCUACUCGAAAACAAUUCGAAUAAUGACGAAAAUGAUGGAGAUGAUGAUGAAGAUUUAUAUGAUAUAAAAGAAAAUGAACUUACACUUAUGGCUCAUGAUGAGGACGACAGAGAAAACGAUUAUCAGGCACAAAAUCCCAUACAAGCGGCCGUGCGCUUGCCCGAACAAACAGCAGAAGCUAUAGAAAAUGAAGUUGCCAGAGCCCAUGAUUUAGUUGAUCUUGAACUAUCGGGUCAUGGUUUUAAAAGAAGACCCCAAGCACCAGGAGCUUUAGCUCACAGUCAUAGACAUGGUAGUUUUUAUACAAAUAUGCCGCCGGGCAUUAAGUCUGCCAUAGUGGCCAGUGCUACUAUAGUCUUAACUGCUUUGGUAACUUUUAUGGUAAUAUUUGCCGUUUGCAGAUGGAAACAACGUAGACAUCGUAUGUCGAAUAUUAUGAAGUCUUAUAAUGCCAUGAAAAGUAAAUUACCUACAAUAGCUACAACAGCAACAGCUGCUGCAAUGGCAAGUACAAAUAGCAGCACAAAUCCCAAUUCCAGACGCUCAUCAUUAAGAGAAAUGCAAGAUUUAUUAGGGGGUAGUGGAUUGUCGGUAGCAGCCACUAUAACCACCACCUCCAGCGGAGUGCCAAAUACACCCAUACAUCAUCAGCAUCACAAUUUAACACCCUCACCACAACUGACAAACUCCUCACAAGCAACAACAAUGUUGGCCGGUAAUUGCAGUAAAAACAUCAACAACUUUUACAGCCACCAAACUAACAACAGCAAUAGCAAUAACUCUAGUAAUAACAGCAACAGCAGCUGUGGCCUCAGGCCAUUACAACGACAAAGUUCAUUAUUAUUUCAGCGUUCAUUUAACCAAAACCACACUAACUCAUCACAUAACCAACUCAGUAACAGUAACAACGAUAAACCCACAAAUCUGUCCAUUUUAAGUGGCUGUAAUUUGUUGGAUCUUAAACGUAACAAUAAGAUGAACGGCUCUACCACCUCAUUAAGUUUUUCGCUGACGAGUGGUCAUAAUAUUUCCAACUCCCACAUAAACACCAUGGAUGCCAAUUCACCCGAAGUGCAAGAAUAUUUAUUUGAUACUUUAAGAAAUUCAUAUUAAAACGACUUCAAGGUUUGUUUUUUUCGUUUUUCAAACGAAUGUGAUGAGGAAAUGAAGAGAAUUGUUUUCUGUGGUAUUUUUCUUAAUUAAAAACAAAAACACAAACUUUAGCAAAUUAUAUUAAGAGAAUGCAAAGGGAUAAUUAAAAUAACAUCAUACAUAAUUAAGCAAAAAGUGUUUUACAUCUAUUCUAGUUCUGUACUAGUUCUGUUCCAGUUUUGUUACAGUUCUGUUCUAGUUUUUUUUUAGUUCUGUU